GCUUGAACUUUGCUUUUUGCUUUGUCUCAGUACGCCUUCUUCCGAUCAGGAGGAGUACAUGUACGUACGCAAUCCCAAAGCUCAAAGUGGGCCUGACAGCGAUUGAAUGGAUGGAGUGACUAAAUCUCAGACACCAGCUUCCCACCGCAAAUAUGUGUUGUGAAUUAAUCGCUUAGAGCGCUUGUGGUGAUUACAAUAUACUAGUUAUGAUAAACUUAGUUAGUUUGUUCAAAAAGUGUGCUCCCAUGGAGGAAAAUGUCCCUCUUUUAUCACCGAUUCGGUUCAAAACGAAUCCAGAGGACAAACCAGAGAAAAGGCGGAAUUCGGAUUCGUCAUCCAAUUCAUCUUCACAUAACGAUGAGGAACAGCUCAAGUAUCCCAAAUCCGUGUUCUUCAUCUUGUCCACCGAGGCUUGUGAGCGGUUCUCCUACUAUGGAAUGCGAGCGAUCUUGGCUCUGUACCUCAAGCACUUGUUCAAGACUCAAUCGAACAUGGGUGAUGCACAGGCGGAAAAUUUGUCCACGAUUUUGUACCACGCCUUCGUGUUCCUCUCAUACUUCACUUCGCUCUUUGGCGCCUUUUUGGCUGACUCGUUCCUCGGGAAGUUCCGCACCAUCUUUUAUAUUUCCAUCCUCUACGCCGUCGGCCAGCUCAUCUUGUCCUUGGGAGCCGUUCCCAAUGAAGCCUGGAAUCUUCCACAAUUACCAUUGUCCUAUGUGGGACUGAUCUUGAUCGGAUUUGGAACGGGUGGGAUCAAGCCUUGUGUGGUCUCCUUUGGCGCAGAUCAGUUCGUCUUGCCCCAGCAAAAAGUGGAGAUGGCCUCGUUCUUCGGCAUCUUCUAUGCUUCCAUCAACUUUGGCUCCAUGAUCUCGACCAUUUUGACCCCCAUCUUCCGACAACAGCCUUGCUUUGGCAGUGAUGAGUGCUUCUCCUUGGCCUUUGUGGUCCCCGCGGGCCUCAUGGUGGCGGCUAUUGUGUUCUUCGUUUUGGGUCGACCCGGUUACAAGGUCUUGAUUCCGGAGUUGAAUGUGGUUGUCGAUUUCUUCAAGUGCAUCACAGAAGCCAUCCGUCAAAAACGAAGAGCCACCAUCAAACGAGAUCAUUGGUUGGACUAUGCUGAAGAUCGAUUUGGAACCACGUUCGUGUCGGAUGUCAAGGCUGUGUUGAGAGUUUGCAUUCUGUUCUUGAUGUAUCCAGUAUUUUGGGCUCUCUAUGAUCAGCAGGGUUCAAGAUGGACAUUUCAAGCCACACGUAUGGAUGGUUCCAUUGGUGGAGUCGUGAUUCUACCCGAUCAAAUGCAAGUGAUCAACGCCGUUUUGAUCUUGAUCUUCAUCCCCAUCUUUGACAAGAUCAUCUAUCCUCUAUUUGCCAGAUGCAAUAUGCUGAAGAGUCCUCUACAGAAGAUCGUCACCGGUGGAUGUCUGCUGGCAGUGGCUUUUGUCAUUUCGGGCGUGGUCGAGCUCAUUUUGGAGAAAACUUACCCGGUUCCUCCGACUUCGGAAUUCUCCAGAUUGGCAUUCCAUAAUGGCUUGCCGGAAAAUUGCUUACUCCAAUUCGAUUUGCAACAAGUCGGGAAAGAUGAGCCAAUUCAAUUUCCGAAAAAUAUUUCUGGUGGUCAGACCUUAGCGUUGAGAAACUCUGAAGGCGAACAAUUAUUCCCUGUGGCAUUCCAAAAUCCGAACGAGAUUUUAAAUUUCACCCUAAAUGCCACCGCCAUGACCGGAGAAGACUCCAAAGAAGAUUGUUUAUUUAAUGGGAAAACGAGUAGAAUUGAGUUUUCACUAGAAUCUGAAUUUAGCAAGACUCUAUACAUUCACCCGGGAACUUCGGACCCGAAUUCGAUUGAAAUCUACGAUCCCCUUAAUUCGGAUCACAUUGCCAAGUCCAGUUCUGGAUCACCUUACAUCAGGGCGUUUUUCGUUCUUACCAAUGAAACUCAAGUGAAGGAAUUGGUUCUUGGAUGGGGUGAAAUUAUCUUGGGCGAUCUCAAUGAUCCGACCUCGAAAAAUACCCAUGUGGCUUUGAGAACCCCGAUUAUUCCCACCCAAACAAAAGGAGACUACUUCUUGGGCGAUACUGACUUGGAUGAUGAAGCCAAGACUCAGGGAGACUUCAAGGUGUGUCUGGUGACCACCAAAACCAAAAACGGUGUGGAUGAGGACGUAUUGGAGUGUCUCAAACGGGAUCAUAUGAGAACGUACAGCAUCAAGGAAGAGACGGAUGACAAUUACCAUCUUUCCGACGACGAAGAUCCCGGAUUGUUUGAGUUCAAGUAUGGUGGAUCGUUCAACCUCUAUUUCAGUAUGAGUGUGGAAGAUGAGGGCGAGAUCAUGGUUGACAUCGAGGAGACCACUCCGCCCAAUUCAAUUCACAUGCUUUGGCUUCUUCCCCAAUACAUCGUUCUCACGGCCGGGGAGGUUCUCUUCAGUAUCACCAGUUUGGCAUUUGCCUUCACCCAAGCUCCAUCCAGUAUGAAAGCUGUGGUCCAGGCCCUGUUCCUGCAAACCAAUGCCAUUGGCAAUCUUUUGGAUAUCUUCGUGGUGGCCCUCUUGUCAGGAGUGUUCAAAAGUCAGGCUUAUGAGUUUUUCUUGUUUGCCGCGUUGAUGCUCAUUGAUAUGGCCAUUUUGGCUUGGUUGGCCACCCGCUACACUUAUUCCGACUACACGAAUGUCAAGGAGUUGGAAGAAGAAGGCAGAGACGGAGACAGUGAUUCGAAUAGAAGUUCCAAGAAGUCCGCAGAAUCUGAUACUGAGAAAAAUUAGUGCCCAUCCAGAUUGUCAUCCAACACCGAUCGAACAACACUCAAUGUGAUAUUGUAUACCACUAUUUUAACGUUGGCAUUAAAGAUAUUGUCGUUUAA